AUGACUAGGCUCCGCGGAGCUUCAGUGAGCUCGUACGAUGCUGGCGUCGACCGGUCUCAGUUCCAUCGGUCAAAGCUUCCCUCAAACGCUCCAGAUAUCAUUGUUCAGAACACCGUCGAUGUGUCCGAUCCGGCGCAAGUUCUAUUAUGGUAUAGAGAGGAGCGACGGCGCCAGUUCAACCUUCUAGUCCGAAAGUACAAAAAUCAGCUUCUUCAUGGAUGUCAAGAUCCCGCCUGCCGCACUCCAACCUGCGCGAGUUACAGGCGAAGGGUAUCUGAAGGGCCGUAUCGCCGUUACACUGAGCUAAGUGCCCGGACCCUGGCCUGCUACUUGGCUAGCUUGGACAAUCCGGAGAGUGGUCUCUGCCGUAACACCCAGCGCGUCCCGUCGGAGUUGUCGUCUCACGAUCAUCCGCGUCCAUCGAGACGGUCAAGCCGCGGAGCAUUGACCGACCGUACAGAGACACGAAGUCCGUCAUCGGCAUCGAGUCGCAGGACAGCUGGCGAUCUGUCGGCAAAUAGAGCCUCGCUCGGUCAAGAUACGGCGUCUGCGAAGCCCUCUGACAACACCAAAAUAGAGCCAGGAUCGUAUAUGGAACCGCGACAGCAAAAUGAGCCCGCACCAGUUGACGACGAAUCCGCGACGCAACGGAUGAAAGACCCGAAAUCCUUUACACAGAACCUAUUUGAUACCCUCUCGCUACGAAUGGUCGAAUGGCUCCCUCUACGGCGGUCACCAGACGUGCUGGAUUCAGAUGCAGAUCGUUUGGGUAAGCAACACGUUCGGUCACCCAAACGCGGGGGUUGCGAACACUCCAAUACUACAACGGGAUCUACGUGCGCAAGGCGACGUGCAAACUUGCAAAAUAAGUCGCCGGGGGUUGCUCCUCAUACUCCAUCGUCUCGGGAGGCAGGUAGACGAGUCCCCCGAUUUGAAUCGAAACCCGAGCACCAAGUGAGACGAAUAUCCUUGAUUGAAACAGACCAGAAUCAUCAAAGCCCGCGCACCGUCAAAGAGGCAAAGGCGCGGCCAGAAUUAAGGCCGAGCCGCAAGCUCUCUUACAAUUCGCACCUUGAGACUGACGGAUCGGUCAACAUACCGUCGCCGCCGGCAUUGAAGCAUCGCCCGCAAAAGCAUCGCGGCAGAAAUGAACAUCUUGAUGAGUCUUUUACACAGACACAGCGGAAGAAGGAGAGGCGGGUGUCGUGGGAUAGUGCGAAAUUCUUAAAUGACAUCCAAAACCAGGAUGCCGAAAAGCCGCUGGCAACUAGAGACGAUCACUUGGCAUUGGAAACACAAUCGUCGAACGAUGACCAAUCAAAAUCCAAAAGUUCUGAUCAAAAGUUGGAACGACCGCUGGCAGUUCAAACGCUAAGUCACUUAAAUGGCGCAAUCAUUGACGGGCUGGCGCGAAUGAUGGUCCAAUGUGAUGAAGCGCAGAGAUGGAGGGACGAGCUGCAUUACAUGGAAUCUACAGGGAACUUUGAGAAUCCAGAAUGGCAGUUUGCAACAACCCGCCAGCGUCGAGUGUAUAUAUUCCUUGCUCAGAGCGUAUUCUACGCACUGGGUUCAACCAAGCAGAUUCUUCGUUCAUUUCGAGAAGAGGCGGCUGGCCCGGAGCAGGAUUACUCGAAUUCGAAGCUUGAUUUGCAGCAGCUACAACCAUCACUGAGCAAGCUCUUCACUUUCUGUCCCUGGGAUAUUGCUCUCCAUAGCCUGUGGCGCGCCGUGGAGACGCUGUUUAUGCCACCGAAAGAGCUCUCAAUGCCUGGCCGUCUAUCACGCCGUUCCUCCUUCAACGGACCGUCAUCUGGUCCAAUAAUCGGUCGGCGAACAUCUGAUUUCGAAGGCCAAGAACAUUUGGCUGAUGCUAACGCGGCAGAUAUUGCAACCGUUGCCUUCUUUGCCCUCACUAGCAGCCUUCCGCAAGUUGAUGCGCACACAUGGCGUUCGCUGCUUCAAAUACGCGCCCUAGGGACUGUAGCUUCGAGUGCAGACAUGGAAAAACUCUCUCCAGCAAAGGCGCGGUCCGUUAUCGAGCUUACUGACAAGCUUGAGCACGAGCUGGCUUUGCGAUUAGUUAACCGCCUGGUGCGUGCUCUUACCGCGCGCUUGGCAUUUUAUGAGAUAUCGAAAGCGCGUCAUCCUUGCCUCCAGGAUUCCUCCAAGAAGAGACAAGAAAGCGCCCUGGAUCUUCUGAUGAACAACCUGGGCGACCAUUACAGUCUUGUAAGAGCUGGAACAGACGAGUCAGAUCACGCUGAACUCCCACCAUCUGCUGCCGCUAUUAUCGCUGAAUGGCUUCGGACUCUUUUCCUGAAAGAAUGGGAUGGUAAUCCUGAGAUAUCACGGAGCAGCUCCGCUGGAGGCGUCGUGGAGAUUCUAUCACGAAUGUACAAGCAGCGAAACCGCUUGGGGUUGGUCCCGGAAGAUUUCCACACCCCGUUCCUCUGCGAGCGGUUGGAGCCUCUGGAUAUGCCUGUGGAAUGGCUCGGAAGGUUGACCAAUAACAAAACGUUGCAUCUGCUUUCUUAUUCGUUCCUUUUUCCUCCUUCAGCACUCGUCAUUUAUUUCCGCGCCCUGAACUACGCUGCCAUGUCCAAGUACUACGAAGCUGCCAUGACGACCUCAAGACAUGUGAACCAGACCGCAUUUGGACCGAUUCCCAUACAAGAUGAUGUUAUGCUGUUGUCACAAAUGAAGACAUCGAUGUCUACGUAUCUGGUUCUCAUGGUCCGCCGUGAUAACGUGCUCACCGAUGCUCUUAACCAGCUCUGGCGGCGGGAGAGAAGAGAGCUGAUGCGUCCACUGAAAGUGCAGAUGGGUAUGGACGAAGGUGAGGAAGGCCUCGAUCAUGGCGGUGUUCAGCAAGAGUUUUUCCGAGUCCUCAUGGCAGAAGCUCUGGAUCCAUCGUAUGGUAUGUUCACAAUGGACGCGCGAACCCGUAUUUCGUGGUUCCAGCCUUGUUCGUUGGAACCUCUCUACAAAUUUGAGCUCCUGGGCUUGCUCAUGUCGCUUGCAAUCUAUAACGGUUUGACAUUACCGAUUAACUUUCCGGUCGCCUUCUACCGCAAGCUGCUCGGACUCAAAGUAAAACACUUGGAGCAUAUCCGAGAUGGCUGGCCGGAGCUUGCGAAAGGACUCGAGUUAUUAUUAUCAUGGCAGGAGGGCGAUGUAGGAGAUGUGUUCAUGCGAACAUAUGAAUUCACUUUCGAAGCCUUUGGCGCCGUCGAAACGGUUGACAUGGAGAAGGUUGACAGAGACGCUGUAUGGCCCUCGCGGGCAAGGGGUCGCGGCAAGGCGUUGGAUCUCACAACGAACUGGUCGGAGCUGUCACAGCAUGCUGAUCCCGCAGAUCUGAGUCCUCCCUGCUCUAUGGCUGCGGACCAUGCGGAAUUCCUCGCAUGCGGGUCGUCGCAUCGGAGCACGUCAGAGCGUCUUGACCACAGCGUCCCGACGCCUCCAGUUGAGGAAGCUUCCCUUGUUACGAAUGAGAAUCGUGCUCAGUUCGUCAAGGACUACAUAUUCUGGCUUACUGACAAAUCGAUCAGACCCCAGUUUGAGGCGUUUGCGCGAGGAUUCUAUACCUGUCUAGACCGAGCGGCGCUGUCCAUCUUUACGCCGGAGGCUUUCAAGACGGUCGUGGAAGGAAUUCAGGAGAUUGACCUGGGAGAACUGGAACGCCAUGCCCGAUAUGAAGGUGGCUUCGGGCCCCAUCACCGAGUCAUCCGAGAUUUCUGGAGCAUUGUGAAGGGCUUCUCUGCAGAGAAGAAGGCGCAGCUUUUGGAGUUUGUCACGGCCAGUGAUCGUGUUCCUGUGAACGGUAUUGCGAGCAUCAUGUUUGUUAUCCAGAGAAACGGUGUGGGUGAUGCUCGCCUUCCGACCAGUUUGACCUGUUUUGGUCGACUACUUUUGCCGGAAUACUCAUCGAAGAGUGUCUUGGAGGAGAAGCUUAAUAAAGCUCUUGAAAAUGCUCGGGGAUUUGGAGUUGCUUGA